GUUAUUAAAGCCGUAAUCACAGUAAAUAUCGCAUAGUCGGUACGGCGGUAUAUUAUGUUAUUAACACCUAUAGUUUGUUAAAUCUAAAUAGUGUAAAACGAUGUCUUAAUUUAAAUAAAAAAAACAAAUGUAUUCUAUUUUCAUUAUCGUAUAAAGAAUAUUAUUACGUAGGAUUAACUAGGUACGUAUACUUAUGAAUUAUAACACCAAACUAUAAUAUAAUACUUGAAUUAUAUCACAUUGGCCAAUAGACGAUUAGUGAUAAUAUUAUAUUAAUUAUUAUAUUGAGAUUUCUCAGGUACCUUAUACACAUAUUCAUGUAAUUAGACAUUAGGUGCUAAUUUAGUUGUUUCAAAAUAUAUAGAAUCAUAUUAGCUGUCCCAACCGGCGUUACCCGUGCCAAAAGAAAUACAGUCCAACAAUUGUUCUAAGUAAGUAACUAAUGAUUCUAUAGAAACUAAUGUUCGUUAUGCGUAUCUUCGUGACAACCGCUACAGCCCUAACAUCACGUAUUUAUUUUUUUGUUUUAAUUAUUUUUAGAUUCGGAGCGUUGCUAGAGAUCUAUUAGUUUUACUAUGAUAUGAAAAACCGGAAAAAAAAAACAUGGGAAAACCGGGAAAAACGUAGGAAAAUCGGUACAACAUUAAACAAAUAUUAUUAAAGAAAAUAUAUAAAGCCUAUUUAAUUAUUUUAACAUAAUAUACCAUACAUAUUGUUGACAAAGCAUCACUAUAAACUAGACUCCACUCAGAAUCGUUUUUUCGUAAACAAUGGUUUAUCGUUGCUUAAAGGUAUACAUUAAAUUACCCAUAACAGUGGCUGCCCCUAUUCCCAUUGUCCAAGGACGUCUUUUUUUAACAUUUUAUUUCAAACUAUUUGUUUAGUAGGUAAUCUCUAUCGGCAAAUUGCCUAUACCACCACUAUCAUAAGUCGCAACUCUAAUCACCGCUACAAUACAUUUUGGUCUGUAUUGGAUCUAUUCAUUUUUACUGUAAAAAAAAAAAAAAAUGUAUAAUAAUAAUAAUACUACCACGUUUUGAAAUGUGAUGACUUUACUGCGUAAAAUUUAUUAGCCGACCACAAUAAAUCAAUAUUACCUCAUUUAUAUUGGAAAUGCGGACGAAAAAUCUGCCAAAUUUCGGUUUGUAGCAGUAGUCAAUGGCGUAACGAUAUUUGGUUUGAUAUUAUUCAAAACAGACACAAAACAAAACAACGUAUCAGUUUUUUUCAGAUAGGUACCUGUUGCUAAAGUGCCAUAAAAUUAUUUUCUGAUGUCUGACGGGGAUUACAUACCAAUUGCGAGCUCCAGAUAAAACAAACUUCCGGUCAUUAAAAUUAAGUCUAUAAUGAUAACCAUUAUUGUUGUGAAUUUUCUCUAAACUAUGUGUUUUGAGACGAUCUAGUACCAAAGGUGCAAAUCAUGUGCGUGUACCUAUAUACAAUUCAUAUAUUUUUACACACAAUACGAAUUAUUAUACGAAUAGUAACUAUAUUUGCUACAAAUACUUUUAAUGCUUUAUUAAAAUUCACUAUUUUAGAUUCUGAGUGGAGUGAAGAAGCUUAUAGUUUUACAAAGAUGUUUCUGUGAACAACUUUUCUACCAGAAGACUUGCUCAGAAUUUUUAAGUGUAGCACCUUUUCUGUAAAUGAAUCGGUAAGGGGAGGUCCUUUAAGGAGGUUAUUUUUCGAUUUUCUCCGGAGUUUUCUCAUCAAAUUUGAAAAGCUGAAAAACAGUGGGAAAACGGGAAAAUAUAAAAAAUGUAGGUAUUAAUUAAAAUAUAUUACGGCCUUCUUUUUAUAUGUAUACCUGACAUUAAACUACCUAUAACAGUGGUUACACCCGUCCCCAUUAUCCUAAGAUCUAUAAUGUUUGUACUAGGGUUACUAAAGUUUUUUGAUGCCUAUUAUGAUAGGUAAACAUGUUGAUAUCACCAAGAAAAAAUUCUGAUUUGCAGGAUAACUGUGACGAAAUGAUGAAAACUAACUUGUAACUUUUUUGAAAAUAAAUAAUUCAAAUAAAAAAUAACUCGUUAAAUUACUCUCACACACGCAGAAAAAGUAACCUGUCAAGUUACAAGUUAUGAAAAAACUAAAAGUAACUUACAAGUUAUAAAGUUACUGAUUUUUGUAAUUUUUAACUAGAGACUUCCCAGCUUUAAUUUUAAAUAACAUUAUACGAAUCACAGACCAAAUCAUAUUAGAAAUUUAAUUUUAUAUAUUAAAACAAAUACUAAAAUUGCAUGGGCAUAAGGCUUAAAAUUAAAAAUGUAAUAAUAAUUGUAAUAUUAUCGUUCGAUUAAAAAACAGUGUUAAUAAAUUAAAUUAUAACCAUUUAUAUAAACAACAAUAGCUGUUUGCGAAGAUGUUUAAGAAAUUAUUUUAUAUCUACGUUACAGUUAUAAUAUGGUAAGUAUAUAAAAUGGAAUUUUUUUAAACAUUGUGUAUUAUAAAACUCACUAAAAUUAUAUACUUAAUAACGAUUUUUUUAUGAAAUUAAGUUCAUUAAGUUCCAUCAACUAGUUGAACUUCAGCAGCGGUUGAUUUCAAGAUUUCUUUUAAAUCGCCCAGAUUACUUGCUCCUUUGUACGUCCCUUUCCGUCACACCGAAACAAUAUUACGACCGCACAGUGAUCUGAGAAUGAAAUUUAGGUGGCAUACAUAGGCCAUUAAAAAUGUUCAAAAAUCAAUUUUUUUUCUAGGGUCACAUUAGUAGAUUACUAUUGUAAAUACACAAUUUCAGUUUCACAUAGUGAACUAGACAAAUUCGGUUUUUUCUGUUUUUUUGAAAGUAAAAAUAGUGAUGGUUCAUUAAAUUUUUGGCUAUUGAAUUGUAUAAAAUGAAAAAAGUUGACAUGCUUAUUUGUUAUGUCGCAUAUUAAGAUAAUCAAACAAUUUUUUUUUAAAUUUAAGUUCCUAAUGGUUAUGGAUCAUAAAAAAUCGAACGUUUUUAUGUGUGUGUUUUUUUUUUUUUUUCAUAAACUGCAGUAAAAAUGUACUCAAGUUUAACAUAUACCGGCUUCACCCAAUAUUGUAGAGGAAGUUCUCAGCUACAAGAAUGUAUAAUUUUCUAUUGCGUUCUGUUGCAUUUGCAACGCACGAAAAUCAUGUUGUCAUAAAAAAAAAAAAAAUGGUGUUUCCGUGCGAUUAUAAUUUUAAUACGCAUCGCUGCUAUAGAACUUAUUAACGGUUUUUUUUUUUUCCGCGGCGUGUAAAAUAUGUGCAAACGGAAUGAAAAAUAAAUACAGCGUGCACGGUUGGCGGGUGUUAUAAUAAUACACACUCGUAUAUGCGUCGUAGCCGCCGGUCGGGUCCGGUUUUUUUUUCGCCGAGGGGCGGGAGGGGGGUGGGCCAGAGGGGGAUUCAUAUUAUUAUCGUAAAAAAACCUAUUACAGCGCGGAUAGUCGCGUUUCGUCCGGCCAUACGUCGGCGUGUGCGACCAGAAAAGCAGCCGCCGCCACCGGGCGAAUGAAUCCCGAAGACCACACACGGUUCGCGCGUUUGUGUUUCGUGUUCGGGUCCCGCCGCCGACGACUUCUGGAUAAUAUUGUAACGUAAACACGAUUGACUGCGUUUCCAAGGCGUGUUGUUACGAUAUUAUUAUUAUUUUCAACAAUAUUUGUAUUAUAUUGUGAUCGUUGUUGUUUAUUGCACCGCGGUAUCCCGUCGUCGGCAACAGCCGUCGCCGCUCUCCCGCGACCGUGUUUGUUUUAUUCAGUCCGGUUGACUAAACGUUUUUAUUGGAUUCCCCUCGGCUCACACACCACACACACACACACACACACACACACACACACACACACACACAGACCGCCGCCCCCACCCCCCCUAACCCCUACCCCCUACCCGGACCCCGACCCCGGGACGGUAACAAUAAUAAUAUCGCUCCGCACAACGCGGUAUAGGUAUUAUAAUAAUAACAAUAAUAAUAAUAUGCGGAUAGGUAAUAAUAACAAUAAUAAUAAUAAUAAUAGAACGUGUAUGAUAUCUGCCGGCAACACGGGGGCGCGCAAAGGAUCCGCGCCGAAACAACAACAAUAACGCGACGCGCGCACACGAGACGACGACGACGAUGACGAUGAUAUUCUCGAACUCGCGGAUACCGCGCAUCGAUACACUUGGAUAUUGUUAUACGUUCGGUUAGGUAGGUAGGUAGGUAGGUAGGUAGGUAGGUAGGUAGGUAGGUAGGUAGGUGGGUAGGUAGGUGUAGGUAGGUGGGCAGGUAGGUACACCGCGCGGACGUAUCGUAUAAACGAGGGGGGUCGGGGAAGGGGAAAGAAAACUGAAAAAAAAAACACCGUCGUCGAAACGCCGCCGCGCGUCUCUAUUACAAUAUCGUAUUGUACAUUAUUGUUGUUGUUGCUGUUAUUAUUAUCGUCAUCACGACGCUGCCCCGCGGCCGCGUGUUUGAUAUUUUUAUAAUAACGCGCGGCGUAAUGUUAUAAUACCGAAGUUGCAAUACAGGAAAUACCCUGUGCACCGCGGCGGCUUAGGCGGCGACUCGUACGCUCCGCCCAUAACAUGGUCGUUAUGCCCUCCGGCAUCCCGGGCGGGAUACCGACCCGUACACAAUAACAUCAUAAUGCAAUGUAACAACAACGCGUUAUCAUCGAUAUUUUCCCCGUGUAAUACGCACGGCACGGUAGGUGCGCGUUAUUGUUCGAGCAUAAUAGCCGCGCCGGAACCGCGGUUAGUCUCGGAGGGCCAUCCGCGGGUCUCCCUUUUUUUCGUCUCUUUCCCCCCCCCCUUUUUUUUUUUUUCCAUGCCGUUUUAAUAUCGCCGCACGCACCAGUCCUCCGCGCAAUCGUUUUCCUAUUAUCGUUAUUAUUAUUAUUAUUAUUAUACGCGUAUACAGUCGCGGUUAUAUACAAUAUUACAUUAUUGUAUUAUUUACACUGCACGAUCAUAUUAUACGCGUGUACGCGCGUAAUAUUUUUACAUUAUUAUUUAUUAUCGUAUGGAUACGGGCGCCUAUAUUGCCCGAGACCGCGUAACGCGUAGUCGAGGGGGCCAAAUGUUUUGAUGUUUAUCUGCCGCGGUCGUGUGUAAUGAAUAAUAGGUAUCCGUCACGCGUGACCCGUCGUCGCCGCGUAUUACGCGUCCCCGCGACGACGUCCGCGGCCAUUUUCAAAGCCGAGUUAACUGAUUCGUUGAAACUGGUUAGUAUCGUCCUAGAAAAAAAUAACAAACAAACGACAAAGCCGAUUUAUAAUAUUAUUAUAAUAUAUACUAGCUGAUAAAUCGCCCGACUUCGCCCGGGUGUAUUUCAUUGAUUCACGUUGGUUUUACAAAGAUGUUUAUUUCUUUUUUUUUUUUUUUUUUUUUAUGCGAACACUUUUCCUACCAGAUAUCUCGUUCCGAUGUGUACAAUACAGACUCUUUUCUGAAAGGAAAUUUUUUUUGGGCGGUACUUUAAGAAGGGCAUUUUUUUUUUUUUUUUUGAUUUUCCCAGCAGUUUUCCCAAUAAGAGGAAAAAAGUGAGAAUAAAGCGGGAAAACUGGUACAAUAUUAAACAAAUAUUAUUGAAGAAAAUAUAUAAUGCCUAUUUAAUUAUUUUACCUGCGCCCAUCGUGCGGAUUAUGUCCGUCCUUUUUGUUUUUUUUUUUCAUAUUUACAAUAUUAUUUUAAACUGUUACGGGUAACAUUGUCGAGUGCAAAAUAGUUGUUGGUUCUUUCUUCGGGCAACAUAUUAUAAUCAGACUAUCGGAGAACUUACGCAUGAACGGGCAACUUACAAUAUUGGCAAUGGGAGAAACGGUCAUUCCUUAAAUCCACUCUUGCCGCUUUCAAAGACUGCUUUUGCGCUUUGUUAAUUGUCAUGGAAAAACGGAUUCUUGACGGAUUCCAAACUGUAGCCGUUUGAAUUUAAAGUGGUAGUUAAACGGAAUCAAAAGUAUUCUUGGUAGAAAAACUGUUUCUCCGUUAGGGUUACGUCCGUCCGAGUUCCGCGUUUUCGGGAAAAUAACGACUUGUCGAGUUAAAAGCUACUUUUUUAAUUUAGGGUUUUGAAAGCAUCGAGGAUUAUUUCGGUCCAACUAUAUGACGCACGUGGAUGGGUAUUUUUUUUUUAACCAUAAACAUUUUUUCUACCAGAAAUCUUCGGCUAAAUGAAAAAUGACAAGAGGCCUUUUUCCGUUGCGUUUCAGUUCUAUUUAUUGAUCGCUGAUUGAGCUAGUAAUUUUUCGAUUUUUCGAGUGGUUUUCAUAUUAGUUUAAAAAUCCAAAAAAACAACAAGGAAAACGGACAAAUAUUUACGGCGUUAACGAUUUCGUUAUUUUAAAUUUGUUCGAUGUUUGUUUUCUACCAGAAAUCUUGUUCCAAGUUUCAAGAAUAGCAACUUUUCUGAAAGAUAAUUUUGUGUACAGUUUUGUAAUUAAUAGUCUAAUUAUUGUUAUUCUUAAUAGUUAGAAAAGAACGUAGGAAAGUUUACGCCAUUAAUGGUUUCAUUUUUUUUGGAUUUUAUAUUCUGAGCGUAAUGAGGAAUAUAUUAGCUGUAUGGUGUGUAUAGUUUUUUGUGUCUGUAAACAACUACUUGAAAUCCUCUAAAAAAAGCAAGAAAUCUUUUUGUUGCAUUUUAGAUCUAGUUGGUGCGUUAAAGAGGUUAUUUGUUAAUUUUCCAACGCGUUUUCGAAAUAAUUAGGAAACCCUGGAAAAAGACAUAAAAUGAAAACGAACGAUGUUUUUUUUUGUCCAUAGUAUAAAUAUAUAUAUAUAUAUUAUAUAUUUUCUUAGUUUCAAGAUCAAAUUUUGACAAAAAUAUUAAAAAUUACAGCAUUUUAAAACAUGAUGUUUAGCUGAACUUAGCUCAGAAUCUAAUUUCAUUAGCAAUAGUUUAUCGUUGUAUACAGAUAUAUUAAUUAAAUAACUCUCGAAUGGUUUAAUACGAUCACGGCUAUGUAUCGUACUUUCCCAAUUUCCCAUCUACAACAAUAGAACACUAAUUAGCAGUAUCGAUUCUUUACUUAAAUGUUUCUUUUCGUUUAAUUUUGCUUUACAUUUAAACAAUUGUUUUUGUUUUAAUAAAUGUUUUAAAUCAUAAUUUAAACAAAUAUUAUAUCAGCUAUAAAUAAAAAAAAAACGUUUUAAAACUUUGUACCAUCCUUUUUUUUUACCUACUCCUUUCUUUAAUUAGCCAGGAUUUGUGUCAUGGAAUCUUGCAAUCCGGUUUUGAUCCACUGUCCGUGUUAAUUCGUAUCCUAUUAGUUUCAAAUUUUGUAUGCACUCAUAUUUACGAAGACAGUUCAAUAAUCAUUAAUCCGAUUUUCCGAUUUCACUCCCAUUUUCAAAUGGGUUUAAAAGGUUAUCAGGGAGUUUUGACAUGUGGUUAUACGUGUAUAUGGUACACACAUAAAAGUUAUGAGAUAAGAAAUAUUUCUUAAAAAAUUGUUUAUAUUAUGAGUCUAACUAAAAAGUUGAAAAUAAAUGUUUAAAAACGUGAUUUUCUUAAUAAAAAAAAUUGAACUAAAAAGUAAACAAUAUUCUUUCGAAAAUUAAAAUUUUAAUUAUGUUCUAUUUAGAAAGCAUGGCACAUGCACUCAUAAACAAUCAAUGAAUCAACAACUAUUCAUUUUCAUCCGGACUUAAAUAUACACGACUGUGUGACACAUUGACGGUUUAAACGGUCCGUGAGAAACGAAAAAGUAUUUUUAUACAAAUUAUGUAUAUUAUCUGUAAUAAUAUUAUGAGUACUACAGCAUAUAAAAUAGUACAAUGUUGUAAUUCAUGUUGAAUAUUGUACAUUAAAAUGUUAUUGUGUACAAAAGCCUGAAAAUGUAUUGCUAAUUUUUGGAUUAUGCUACUUUAUGACUUUCUACCUAUUAACUCGGUCUAAUAAAAAGUUAUAGUAUUUUAUACUCGAAUUCAACAAAUAAACGCAUUUGAAUGAAGUUAAACGUAAGUCGUAGACCACACAUUCAAAAACCUUACUUAACAAUGCAGUACGGAUCUUUCACGCAGAUUAUGAACUUGAUUAACAUAAAUCAACGUAAACUGGACGUGGAAAUUUGACCAAUGACUAAAAGACGAAGUUAUGAUACUACACGAUACAAUGUUAUCUAUGACUAGUAGUGAUCCUAUCAUUUUUUUUUUUUUUUUUUGACAGUAUACUAAUACCUUUAUAAUACCUCCAGAUUAUCUGCUCCCUACUAAACUUCUCUAAACCACACUAACUAUGACCGCAAAAACCUUAUUCACCGUAUCAUGCGUUUAGCAAACGAGAACCUCUCUAGCCUAUAAUACCUUUACUAUGACUUAAUAAAAAUUUUAAGCUUUUUAUGUACUGUACCUUGGAUACCAACUCGUAAUGUAAAUAAAUUACCGAAAACACAAAAGAAAAUAUAGUCAACCAUAGAUAGUAGAUAUCGUCACUCAAAAUGAGUUACCGAUGAUGGUAGAGCAAUUUUAUAAAACUAUAGACUAAUAGAGUUAUAUAAUUUACAUAUCUAAGCAUAAUAAUAUAAUAUAUACUAUAUACCUAUUAUACAUAAGUAAUACAUAUUAUUAUGCCUUGGUUAUCUUAGUGAUACAAAUGCAAUAAUAAAACAAAGUAUAAACAUUUUCAUACGAAAAUACUAUCCAAAUUUACAAAUUUUCCAGCGGAUUUUCUAAAAAUUGUCUUUCACAAAAACCUUUUUUUGACCAUUACAAUACAACGAAAUUUUUUUAUACUGUAUACAAAAAUUCUACUAAAAAUCUUGUUGAGAUGUUGAACUGUAUUUUUCUGAAAGGAAAUUUUAUCUCCAUGGUAAUUUAAAAAAGUCAUUUUUGCCAAGUGGUUUUUAAAUUAUCUGAGAUAACCGAGAUAAAAAGUCGGAAAACCGGAAAAUGUACGAAAUGUAAGUAUUAAUAAAAAAGUAUUAUGGCCUUUUUUUUUUCUAUGUACUACUUUUUUACCAGAAAUUUUGCUCCGAUUAAAAAUGAUAGCACUUUUUCUGAAAGAAAAUUUAACUGGGAAAGUACUCUAAGGGAGGUAAUUUUUCGAUUUUCUUAAGAGCUUUCCCCAUAAACUGGAAAAAUCAGGGAAAAAACAUGGAAAAAACGGAACAUUGUUAAACAAAUAUUAUUAAAGAAAAUAUAUAAUGCCUACUUAAUUAUUUUACCAUAAUAUGAGAUAUAUAUUGUUGACAAAGCAUAACUAUCAAUUGAACUACGCUUAGAGUCGUUUUUUCGUUAACAAUGGUUUACCGUUGCUUACAGAUAUACAUUAAAUUACCUAUAAUAAUGGCUACACCCUACCACAUUAUCCUAGGACGUCUUUUUAUGUGUAUUGAUAAACAAUUACCAUUCAUAACUGUCCAUAAUAUUGUAUUAAAAUAUAUUGGGCUAAUAAUGUCGUCAUAAAUUUUAUCACAAGAAAAAUGUCCCAACAAUAAUAUCGCAAACAAUAUUAAGGUCACGCGUCAUAAAAUAUUUUAAUAUUGAAUUAUUUAUUUAGUUGCUGAUAAAAAAAUAAUACCAAUUAUUUCAGAAUAAAAGUGUUUCGUUAUUUUAACAAGAGAUAAAGUAUAAUAAUAAUAAUGUCAAUAUGUAUUAUCAUCAUGCGUUCUGUUUCUAUUACAAAACUCAGUCGUAACCCGGCGGCGUUCAGAUAUUUUACAAAUCAUACAAAUAUAGAAAUUGUUAAAUUAAUUUUGUAUAAUAUUUAUCAAAAAAAAAGAUAAUAAUAAUGUAAUAUAAAAGUGCGCGGAGUGUAAAAUAAAAUAAAACCAUCGCAGAUCACUUAAUUUUGGGGGAAAUGUGAUUCGUACAGGCCAUUCGUAAUCACUUUCCUGGCAUUGGAAACAUAAUUAGUAAAAUGACUUAGGAAAUUAUAAAGACUACACAUUAUUUUACACUUAUCAUUAAUCGUAUUGAUCACGUCUUCAACAUCACAGGUACCUACAUUUUAAAAUAUUUGUUCAUAAUAUAUGUCAUAGGCCAAAUGGAAAAUUCGAAUUUUACUCUCUGCGAUAGGGUAGCCCGUUUGUAAACUGCUUAUUAUUUUUCCAAACGGCCGGUUGUUUUUCAGGCUUAUUACAGACAGAUUAAUAAACUAACUAGUCUUUUUAAGAACUUAAUUUAUUAUAUACUUAGUCAUUUUAUUGUAAUUUAUUACUUGUACAGACAAAAAUAACAAAAAAAUUAUAAUAUGUAAACCGUGCCUAUCUAUCUAUUAUAUCUAUUUAGUGAAGUUGUAAAUUUUUGUACAGUUUUUGACUAUUAUAUUAUUAAUUUUAGAUUCUAAACGGAGGGAGAAAUGAAUUGGUUUCACAAUGAUGUUUAUUUUUUUUAUCUGUGAAUAACUUUUCUAUCAGCAAUUUUGUUCUGAUUUUCAUUGAUAGCACUUUUUCUAAAAGAAAAUCUGACUGAAGUGGUACUUUAGGGUGGUCAUUUUUUAAUUUCCCCAACAAAUGUAAAAAGCCGAAAAAAACGAAAGAAAACUAGGAAAACAUACGAAAUUCAUUAGUAAUAAAGCUAUCCUAAGAUAAUGGAGACCGGUGAAGCCACUGUUAUAGGUAAUUUAAUGUAUAAUAACUGUAAGCAACGAUAAACCAUUGCUAAAAAAAAAAAAACGAUUCUUAGCGAAAAUCAGUUGAUAGUGUUGCUUUGUCAAUUACUUUGCUUAUUGCCUAUUUUAUUUAAAAUUUAGUAUUUUAUUUCUUUGUUGUUCAAUCUCAUUCUGUUGUACUCAUCAUUAUUGUAAUUAUCAUAUGUUUAAGUAUCUAAUAUAUUAAUGUAUUAAUCAUUAAUUAACUGUAUUUAUGCCCUCGGGCAUGUAUUCAAAUAAAAUAAAAUAAUAUAUUAUUAAAUUAAAUUAAUAUAUAUAUAUAUAUAUAUAUGUCAUAUAAUAUUAAUAUAAUUGCAUAUGCAUUAUAUAUUUUCUUUAAUAACAUUUGUUUAAUAUUGUACUUAUUUGACAAAGCAACAAUAUCAACUGAACUCAAAAUCGUUUUUUCAUUAGCAAUGGUUUAUCAUUGCUUACAGGUAUACAUUAAAUUACUUAUAACAGUGGCUUCACCCGUCCCUACUAUCCUAGAACACCUUUUUUUCUCUUCUCUUUUUAUUCGAAACGAAAAAUCGACUAUAUAGUAACACUCAUCCAAGUUAUACAAUAUUCGCUCACCUGCAAAAUACAUAUAUCAAAGUGAAGUUUUCGGGUGCAUUUGAAUUACAUAAUAUUCUAUAACAUUAUGCUGUUUUACUGGUACACGUCACGUAGUCUUUGAUUUAAUUUGAAUAAUUAUACCUUCCUUUAUUAUGCACUUUUUUUUUUUAUUUAACAGAGUCCUUAUAACACAAAUUAUUAUCAUUAUGUUUGUGGAUUUUUUAAUAGCGAAAAAUAUAAACACAAUAUAAUCGAUUUCGAGGGGGGAAAAAACGUUUUAGAGUACGCCACGCCCGCAAUUACCCGUCUUAAAAUUCAAAGGAGGACAGUGUUUCAGCGAUCAAGAUGAUGUGGUUUUUGUUUUUAAAUACAUUUUUCAAUACGUUUAUGAAUCUUAAAAAAAAAUCACGAGAGUUCUACUCGGGCUACGUAAUUAUGUUUUUGCUAUGUUACAUAAAACAAUUGUUCUGGAAAAUGUUUUAAUUAUAAGUUUUUUUUCCCGGGAUAAUAUUCUGUGGUGGACGAUUCCCCUAAUUAGACGAGUACAUACUCUAUAAUCAUUUAGGGGGAGAGCAACUUGAGCAUUUUGCACAGUCUGAUUGUCAGCAUUAUCUCAAAUCGUGCUUUCGCUUCUGGGAGAGAAAAACGUCAACAUAUUUCAUCCGUUUCAGAUCAUUUUUCCGUAAUAUUAUGGCUUUAAACCAGAGGAAUGUGUCAACCAAAAAUUGAUUUUUUUUUUUUAAACGUAUUUAAACCAAUUUUAUUAUUUAUUUUCAAUAAAUUUAUUAUUAUUAAUUUAUUAUUACAUAAUACUGUUGAAAUGUAUAUUCAACAUAAAACAAAAAUCGUUUCUUCUCACCCGAAAAUAUCUCCCGAAACUUCACUCAGAAUCGGUUUUUAUUAGCAAAGAAUAAUCGUUGCGUACAGAUAUACAUUAAAUUACCGUCUAUAUCCUACCUUUCCAACUUCUUACCUACAAUAAUGGCUACACCUGUCUCCAUUAUCCUAUGACAGCUUUUUAUUUAUUCAUUUUUAAACUAUGUCACUAAUAUUACUAAAUAACUAACUAUAUAUGAUAAUGAAAAGUGAAAUGUUACAAUCUGAUAUACUGAUUAAUCAUAAUCCUCAGAUUCCAUCACGUAUGAUCACAUCAUCAAUCCGUAUCUAAAUCCUUAAAAUAGCCGGUUGUAAUGUAAGUAAACAUAUUAUAUCAAUUUAUUAUAAACGUCACUAAAUAAAUACAAUAUGUACAAUACAGUUUACAUAUUAUAGUUAUUUUGUUAUUUUUUUUAUACAAGUAAUAAAUUACAAUACAGGGUGUCCUAAACAUUUAUCCUCAAGCUAAUAAUUCUGUCAAUGUUUAUUAUUUUUUACAUUUUUUUUUUUCUAUGUGGUUUUGUGCGAAGACUCAAAUAUAAAAAACAAUUUUAUUUUUUAUUUUCAUUCUUUAAUUAUUGAAAAAAAAAAAUUAUUUUAUCACUUUUCAAAAUAGCCGUUUUGUAAAAUAUAUUAUUCUAAAAAUUUUAAUCUAUUCAUAUCCGAUCAUUCGUUUUUUAGUAAUAGCCGUUUUAAUAAAUAAAUAAAAGGCAGGAAAUCAAUUAAUAUUCAAUAGAAGAUAAGGAAUUAACGAGCUAAUAGUGAGUCCUUAUCGCGUAACGUGUUAUUAUAAUUAAAAUUAAUUGUUUACACACCAAUUUUUUAGAAAUUAAAACGACUAUUACUAAGAAACUAUUGAUUGGAUGUGAAUAUAUAUUAUAUUCAAAUUUUUAGAAUAAAAUCUUUUACAAAAUGGCUAUUUUCAACAUUUUUUAAGUGGAAAAAUAAAGUUAUUUUUUUUUUUUUUUUAUGAAUAAGGAAUGCAAAUAAAAAUUAAAUUUUCUCUACAUAUGUGCCCUCCUUGCACAAAAAAAAAAUUUAAAACAAAAUUAAUACUAACAGAGUUAUUAGCAUAAGUAUAACAUUGUAGGACACCCAGUACAAUAAUUAUAGUUCUUAAAAAGACUAACUGCUAUUAUUCUGUAUAAACGCUGGCCGUUUGAAAAAAUAAUAAGUAGUUUGCGAAUGGGCUACCCCAUCACAAAGAGCCUAUGGUAUUUUUUCAAUCAGACUAAUUUUUCUACGACAUAAUUAUAUAAAUAUUUAUAACAACCAAGUACCAACAAAAACCCUCCAUCAACUACGUGUAAUAAUGUCACCAAGAAAAAAAACUUAUGUUAGAAAAGUUAUGAUACCAAAAAGGAACUAAGUAAUUUCUUAAAUUCAUUAGUAUAGAAAUUGUUCAUGUUUGUAUUUGAUGAAGUGCGAUAAUUAUUUGUAUUAAAUUAUCGCACUUCAUUAAAUACAAACAUUAUGAACAAUUUCUAUACUAAUGCUUUUAAGAAAUUACUUAGCUCCUUUUUGGUAUCACAACUUUUCUAACAUACAUUUUUUUAUUUUCUUAACGGAGUUUUUACAAGUAGUUGACGGAGGGUUUUUGUUGGGAUAUCACUUAUUUUUGUAUUCAAAUUUUGGAUACAGCUAACCUAUGUUUUUUUUUUUGAUCGAGUGAAAAAUAAGAAACAAAAUAUCUUUGUUGUUUUAUGGAUUGAGUAAAUGAAUAUAUGAUAUAUAGCUAUUAAUAUACCUUAUUAUUAAUUUUGUUGGAAAAUGAUACUAUAGUAUUGCAGUGAUAAAAUAAAUAAACAAAAUUGUUUAUUAUUCAUUGCAAACUGCAACCGUUGCAAACAGGUGGUAACAAUGCGUAUAACAUAUACAUUGUUGAAUUGUUGGAAAAAAUAAUGUUUCGAGUAAAAACUAUGUUAAUACUUUUGCAUAUUAUUCAGGCUGUAAUCAUCCGAUCAACUUGAAAUUUACAAAAUUAUCAUCUACUUAAUAUAUUGAUCAACCCGUGUACAUUUCAAAAACAAUCAGUUUAUUAGUUUAGGCUAAAGAAAGAUCGGAAUAUUUGUCGUAAAAUGAUACAUGUUAACGAGUUAGCCCUCAGGUUAGGUACCUAAUAUACUACGGUCGACGCACGUACUUUUUUUUUUACUUAGCUCUGCGACGCGACCGUGGCGCUGGAUAUUUGUUGUAAUAUUGUUAUACUUAUAACCACUAAAUCUUUCAAUGUGGACAUUAAAAAAAAGACGUCCUGAGAUAAUGGGAACGGAUGAAGCCACUGUUAUCGUUAAUUUAAUGUAUACCUGUAAGCAACAAUAAACCAUUACUUACGAAAAAACGAUUUUGAGCGGAGUUCAGUUGAUAGUGAUGCUUUGUCGACAAUAUAUAUGUUAUUUUAUAGUAAAAUAAUUAAAUAAGCUUUAUAUAAUAUUUUAUUUAAUAGUAUUUGUUUAAUGUUGUACCGAAUUUCUCAUAUUUUAUCCCGGUUUUUUACAUUUGCUGAGAAAACUCUUUGGAAAAUCGAAAAAUGACCUCCCUAAAGUACCUCCUCUCUUUUAGAAAAGGUGCUACACGUAGAAAUCUGAGCUAAUCUUCUGAUAGAAAAGUUGCACAUAGAUUAUCUUUAAAUAACUGAUAAUAUUUCGAAGACCUAAAGUCUUUAACGUUUACUAUCACGAAAUAAUGCUCAACCUUAUUUUUUUUCCUUUUUGUCUGCGAUAAGAGCAACUUAUGAGAAAGCUAGAACAAGCCAAUAAAAAUAAAAUACAACAUAUUUUGUUUGUUAUAUCAUAUUAUCUUGAAAAUUUUAAUCUAAGUAUUUGAUAAAAAUGCUAUAAUAUUAUUUCGCAUUAAACCAUAAUAAAAAACCAAAAUCAAUUUUGACAAACACCGUCGUUGCAUAAAUACUCCCAUUCUCCUGAAUUUUUUUUUGGUUUUCCCCCAUUAUUCAAAAAUAGUACAAGAAAUCUCAAAAAAUGGCUAUUUAAAUGCAUCAAAUAGAACAUUUUACCUACAGAAUAGUUAAAAAAUAAUAAAAAUAAUAAUAUACUUUUAUAGUAAUUAUUUUUAUUAUACAAGCGUAAUAUCUAAGCUAUAGGCUAUACGACGCAGCAUCAUAUUAUUUUUUUUAUUUGUUCAAAUAAAAUCCUACGUAGUAGUAUUCUAUUCUUAAUUAUAUCUAAUACCUCCAUUAAAAACAGAACAUAUUAUAAUAUUAUCAAAUAUGGGGCAGGUUUUAUCGAUUCCUCCGCCGGAUGUUUGUACAUAUUAAAUAUUUCAUAUCAUUUACAGUUAAUACAAGCUGAAUAAAUCUUAGAUUAAUAAUAAUAAUUUUCAACAAAAAAAAAUUAUAGAAAAAAAUUACAGAUAAUCUAUAAGUACUAUAUCUUAUGAUUACAUAACAUUUACCUACAUUAUUUUAUAUUAUAAUAAACGGUUUUUUUUUUCAUUUAAUUCAUAACAAAAUAACAAUUUGAAUUAUCGACAUUUAUUGAUACAACACACAUCAUUCCAUUAAUGUUUGUACCGGUACCGUUUAUAUUCAUAUCAACCGUAACAAAAACAUAUUUCCAAAAUCGUUGAAAUAAUGAAACAUCGGAAAAUUAAAACUAUUGAAAACAGAGAAUUUCUACUCGAUUUUGACUCGGUAAAUAAUAUUUUAUUAUACUUUACAAAUUUAGAUUUAAAAUUACUUUGCGUCACAUAACAACAUAUUUAUAGAUGGUACAAAAUAUGUGCUGUACAUGGUAUUAAUCGAUUAUUAUUUUAUAAACAAUCAGUAAAAUCAACAUGUAAAAAUAUUCAGCGGAGUCGAUUGGCGGCGCAAUCGAUAUAACACAUAAAAACGUUAUUACGGUGGAGUCGAUAUACGCCCAAAAUAUGAUAUCUUUCGACUUUUAUAUAGGUACCAACCUAUAUUUAUAUAUAAUAGGUAAUUUGUAUUGUUUUCUGGUCAAUAUCGGAUAGGUACUUCAGCUAGUGACUUAUAUAACCCAGUUUAUAAUAGUCAAUAUUAUAUAGUCAUUUUUUAAAAAAGCAUUUACAACAAAAAAAUAAUCUAUAAUUUCCACUUUAAAAAACACUCUUUAGGAAUAUAAAUUAAAAGUGCUUCGAUAAAUAAAUUUAAGUACCACAUUAUCCAAUUCAAAAUAUAUCUGUAGAUAACAGUACGCUAUAGUAAUUUGAUAAUUGUCUAUUGUUCUUGUACUCGUACAUUAUAAAACAUUAUUGCACGACAUUUAUCGAACAAUAUUAUACAAUUAUAAUUAUGUCCUACUAAAUACUUGGUAAACUGAAAAAUACUAUAAGUUUUAUAACUUCUUGUUAAGAGUUUCAUCAAAAUAUCAUCAGUACAUAACUCGCCACCGGGUUAAACUAUAUUAUUAGCUUUUAUACAAAUGAAGUGUAAUUUAAUUUGUUAGUAUUUAUAUUAUCUAAAUUCCUUCUGAAGUGUAUUCUUAUAAUAUUUAAACGUUGAUACGAUAGACUGAUCAAAAUUUAAAUUUGUAGCUUAAAAACUCGCGGAACGCAAUUAUUUACAACAGUUUUUUAAUGCUUUAAAAAAAUGAUCUCUCUAGUAAUUACAAAUUUCCAUAUUCCAUGUCGAAUUUAAUAAUAAUAAUAAGCCAUAUGAGUUUCUAAUAGGUCAUAAUUUUAUAUUUAUUAUUUCCAUGAUUUUGGAUUUUUAUUAAGGUAACGACGACAUUAUUUUUUUGUUCGAAAAACAUUUUAGGUUCUGAGUAGAGAGAAGUUUAUGGUUUUAAAAAAAAUGUUUAUUUUUUUUUAUCUGUACGCAACUUUUCCAAGAGAAAUUUUGUUCGAUGCUUGAGUAGAGCACUUUUUCUGAAAGGAAAUUUGACUGGAAAGGUAUUUUAAAUAGGUAAUUUUUUUGAUUUUCUAAAGAGUUUUCCUAGUAAACGUGAAAAACCAAGAAAAAACAUGAGAAAAAUGGGAAAAUUAAUCAACUUAAUCAAAUAUUAUUAAAGAAAAUAUAUAACGCCUAUUUAAUCAUUUUACCAUAAUAUUAUGACAUAUAUAUUGUUGACUUAUCAUUACUAUCAACUGAACUCUGCUCAGAAUCGUUUUUUCUUUAGCAAUGGUUUAUCUUUGCUUACUGCAAGUAUACAUUAAACUAUCUAUAAGAGUAAUUGCAUCCGUCCUCAUUAUCUUAGGACAGCUUUUUUUUUUGCAUAAUAUAGCAUAAAUGGUCAAAGAGCUUUAUCAAAAAAAAUAUACAGAUAGGUUAUUGAACACGAGCCACGAAUUUUAGACACUUUAGAUAUAAGUUAUUUGUUGAAUACAUCAAUAGUUGGUUUUAAACUUGAAGAUAACCUAAAUUAAUAUUGUUAGAUGAAAAUAUACAAGCGAAUAUUCAAAUUUAUAAACUUCAUUUAGAAUAGUUUUGUGAACACGAUUAAUUAUCGUUGCUUUAAUUUUUAAAUUAAUGGUAUUUUUAUUUUAAGAAAUACAUGCUAUUUACUUUUGAGCAACGGUUUAUUAUGAAUUCCAAAAUGUCUAAACAAUUCAUAGGAUUUCUUCCUAAGAAAUUGAAAAGCCACUAAAUGAAAAUAUCCCACAUAACUCACAAAAUAAUCGGUCAACCGAUAAAAAAAAUCACACAGUAUUAUAAUGUAUAGUUAAUCAAAAUUCCGAGUUGUUUAUUACCUCAAAAAACUUCUCUUUAUAUUAUUCAUGAAUUUAUUUGAAUGCCAAAUUUACUCGGAUCGCUUCAUAAUAAUAAUGACGAGUUACAGCAAUAUUAAAAAAAAAAUCAAGAAAAUAACGUGUAUUCAAAUUUAAAAUAGUACGAAUAGAUUAAUAUUACGGACGUUUGGUGUUGUUUUAAUUAUAUUUCCAACCGUAUUGAACAUCACCGGCUGAAUGAAAAGAGGAAUUCGAUGGCGGUGCACGUCGUUUCUCGUAUGUUGUUUCGUGCCUACUGACAACAGUAUAAUAAUCAAUUCCCCGUAUCAAAUAAAAAUAAUAAUUUAAUAAUGACGAAUUUCACUAGAAAACUGGUAGCUCAGACGCGACAUACGAUAAUGUUAUAAAUAUUAAAAUAUUAGUAAGCCGUUCCUUUCAAAAACCGCCGAUCCGUUCAUAACGCUUGUUGAAGUCUUCGGUACGAACGGGCGGCGAUUCUUUGUCUACCUCUUAUAUUGAGAUAUGUGUUUGGUUCGUGCCGACUAUGAACAAAGUAAAAAAUUAAAAAAAAUUAAAAUCUAAAUCUUGAAUAUUUUAAUAGCUAUCCUAAUCGUAACAAGAAAAAAAACUACGGGGGAAAAAACAAUCGAAAACCGGUGUGUCUAUUCCGAUGGAUUAAAACGGUGUUAACGGAAUCGGAUUUAUUUGCUGGUUUCCGGUGCCGAUGGAAAACGGUAGUCAUCACCGUUCUCUGGUCCAUUUUUUCACACAGCCCCAUCGGAAAGUUUAAUAGUGCAUCAUUAUUAUUUCUACGUAUUAGAUAAUAUUUUUCAUUUAAUCAGAAAUGCGCAUUACACUGCGCUAUAUUUUUACUUACCUAGUUUGCUGAUGAUCUUUUUGUCUCUGACACAUAUGAAAUUUAAUAUUCAUAAUGAUACUAUAGGUAAUAUACUGUAUUAAAUUUAUGACAGACUUGCAACGUGUGAAAUUCGAUUGCCAGAAAACCCGUCUAGCUUAUAACAAUGCUGCAACCAAAUAAUAUUAUAUAGACAAUUGUAUAGAAUAUAUUAAGAAUUACAUACAAAAAAACACGGUUAAAUGGGGUGACGAACGCCUUGUCCACAUCCACUUGUAUCCGCCACGGACACUGCGUCGUGGCUGCGCUGAUAUACUGGUAUAUACUGGUAAUAUUAUAAUUUCGAUUUUCGGACGAUUUUGGCAAACAUUCAAAAACGUUAUGAAUAUAUUUCAAUUUCAAUGCAGUAGCACGGUGUCGUGAAACCAUAAUGAAAAUACGGUCACGAAAGUAAUAACGUCUGUUUCUAAUUUGAGAACAUCGAUCGAUACACCAUCGUCUCGCAAAUUUCUUGCUGAAGUCGAUAUUGACCAACGUGAAUUAUACGAACAAAUAUUAAGCCAUAGUAAGCACACCGAAUAAAAUACGAUGCCCAUGUCCAGUAAAAUUGUAAAAUUUUGUUCGGAUUGCUUAAAAUAUUGGAACAAACAAAUAUUAAAUGUUCUCGCGACGGGAGAGACUCUGUCCGUUUCGCCUACUCCCGGUGCCGCCUAUCGUAGUUUUUGUUACGACGGCCCCCACAAUACGAUAAUAACCGUGUAUCGGUACCUAAAUCCAUACACGUAGCCAGGAUUAUAUUUUAAUUUUUUUAUUGGAGGGGGAGGGAGAGAGAGCAUUUUCCUCCUCGCCAUUCUUGAUCACCAAAAACCUUUUACAGUAAUUAUAUACCUUAGCAAUUUUUAAAUGCGAUUUCAACAAAAUUUAAUUAGGACCGAUUAACGUGAAGAUACGAUACAACCAAAUUUAUUAUUAUCACGUCAUGUCUGUAUAAUAUGUUAGGAACUCGCGUCGUAUGCCAUCGGCACGAACGUUGAUCGCGUUGUAUGUUAUUUGCGUCUCGAACGAUAAAUGUUGGUCGGACAUUGACGGUGUGCUCUUAUGUUUGUUUUUUUUUUUGUUUUUCGCAAGAUUUUGUACCGACAAUAAUACGUAUUAAAAGUCGUUUCGGGACGUUAUUACGUUUUAACCAAUGUCAGGCCAGGUCUGUAACCCCGUCCGGGUAGAAACUAAUAUAAUAUACUCCCCGUUGUAAAAACCGACACAAAGUCACAAACAUUUUAGUAUGCUCAAACUCACAGAGAGUUUAUCUUCGGGCAAAGUUCGCGUCCGCAAAUGGCCACCGCGGAUAUUUCCCGUUUCCACAUUUUACCCGUUUGUCCGUUUCUGUGGGCAACGCCGCAGCCGUCCGGUCGUUAUCGGUUUUGCCGUCACAUUAUUAUUGGGUACAGUACGUUGUGCGGUUACGGUUACAGGUAUUAUUAACGCACGGCGAUAUUUCGUACGCCGUAACAAUAUUAUUCAUAUACGCGCCGCAACCGGUUUUCUACGCGUUGCGUGUGCGCCGUACGUAUAACAAUGAUGGUAAUAUUAUUACGCAGGGACGCGGCAACGGCGAGUUAAUGGGAAAAACUUCCGCUUAAUUAACCCGGUCGCGCACGUAAUAUCGUUACGGAACAUGGUAGUAAUAAUAAUAAUAAUAAUAAUAAUAAUAAUAAUAAUAAUGAUAAUUAUGAUAAAAUUAUAAUAUUAUAAUGUUUUACGGUAGUGCAAACAUCGCCACCUACCCAAUAAUAAUAAUAACAUGUCGUUCGGCGACGGCGGUACCGCAAACCGCACCUACAACUGCGCGGGCAACACAAUAUACACCUCGGUCGCGUCACCACUACCCUUCUUUUUCGGACGGACCCCGGCCGCGGCGGCGAGAGCCAAAAAGACUGACGGCGCGUGCGCGUUUGUGUGUGUGUAUGUGUGUGUAUGUGUGCGCGCGCGUGAGAGAGGACGAGAAAAAAACCGUAUACGAAACGGAUGAGUUUCCCCCUCCCCCCACCCCGUGCCGGUUUUUAUCUUCGGCCCGGCACCGUGUCUUGUGCACCAUCGCGGCGACGGCCAUCAGUAGCAGUAGCCGUCCGGACCGUUUCGGUCACACACCAUCAGUUUCCGCGAUCCCGCGUACGUGGAUUACACUAUAAACGUACGUCUUGUACGUCCUCCGCGGCCUCCUCUUGGUAAGUCUGGCAAGUUACCGUGUCGCGAGCGCGCACUUUAUAAUCGCAUAUUCGUUUUUUUUUUUUUUUUUGCGCGCGCGACCUGCCGAGUCAAUAGAUAAUAACAUAUUAACGACCCGGUCGCGUCGAUCAAUUGAUAAAAUAAUAUUAGUAAAUUAAGUUAGUUGAAAACAAGCUGGCGGGUUAACACGGUUCGAAUCAAUUAUUUUGUUAUGCGACUGAGUUGAGUUGUUUUAUUUAUUUAUUUUAUUACUAUUUUUUUUUUUUUUUUUUUUUUUUUGUUUUGUAUAACAAUUAUUAUUGUCAUAUUGAAAACGGUUGAACCUAUAUAGAGCUUAGAAAAAUAAAGACGAUAACCUGUUAAACACGCAUGGGAUUUAUUCCGCGGGAGUAUCUAAUUACACUUAUUUUAAGCUUGGAACUCCACACAUGGUAUUGAAAAAAACAAUAAAAUUAAUUACUGUUAUGACGUAUGCGAUUACGGUUCCUAUUCUAAUAGUGUACAUAAAUUUUAAAUUUAAUAUUGCGUUAAAAUUACUAGAAAUCGAAACUAAGACAAUUCAAAAUUAACACCUGAUAUGAUAAAAUUAAGUUGAUAUGAAAAAAGAAACGGACAUGCUUCGCACUAUAGAUGGGACCAGGGUCUAAAGUGGUACAAAAUAAGAAAGGGUACUGUGCUCCCUAUUUCAUUUUGAGCGUUCCAUCAUCAAGGAAAUCGUUAUUCGUUAAUUUAUCAAACCAAAAAAUUAUUUUUUGUUUCGGUCAACAGUAUGAAUAUAAUUACGAUAAUAAGUUAUUAAUUUGUAUGUAAACACAUUAGUAAAGACGUGUUAGUAAAAUUAAUAAUAGGAAUUUUAAUAUUUUCACAUCUUCCUGGCAAUUUCAGUGUACAUAAUAAUUUUAAAUACAGAGCGUAGCGAGGGGAUUUAUUUGUUUUACAAUGAUUGGUUUUAUAGUUUUAUUUUUUCUAUGGACAACAUUUGUAUCGGCAAUUUUGUUCCGAUUUAUAAUGAUAGCAGUUUUUUUUUUGGGAGGAUGAAACUGGGGUGAUACUUUAGGGAAGACCUUUUUGGUUUCCCUAAUAAAUGAAAAACACCGAGAAAAAACAUAGGAAAAACCGAGAGGAACGUAGGAAAAACGGUAAAAUAGAUAAAAUAUUAAAUAAAUAUUAUUAAAAAAAUAUACAAUGCAUAUGUAAUUAUUUUACCAUAAUGUAACAUAUACGUAUAUUGUUGACAAAGCAACACUACAAAUUUAACUCCGCUUAAAAUCGUUUUUCAUAAGCAAUGGUUAAUCGUUGCAUACAGAUAUACAUUAAAUUUCUUCUAUAAAUUCCCAACUUCUAACCUAGGCAUGUAAAUCCUAAUAUAGGCAUAUAAUAUCCUAUAGAUGUACCUACUAAUUAAUAUGUAAUACCUUAAAUCAUAUCUGCAGAUUUAAGAUAGGUAGUAACUUUAAGUUAAUAACAAUUAUUAUAAAUUAAUGGAAGUAUACAGUUUUUAUAAUUUGUUUUAUGUAAGAUAUAAAUUCAAUUUAAAUAUUUAGGUACCAGAACUGCCGCUCGUUAGGAGAAAGGGGGGGAAUCCUAUAUCCGACACUGAAAAUGUGAAUUGUAAAUAGACAUUCCAAAAAUGUUUCUAUAUUCACUGAUAGAAAGAAACAAUAAUUGUUUUUUCUAGAAACUAAUUAUUAAUUUAUUAGUUUCUAAGUUCCACUCAAAACUAAAAUAACUAUUGCGACUUUUCGUAACGAGAUAUCUACAACAACUACAACGUUUAAAUUUAUAACAUAAACAAAACAAUGUCAUAAUGACUACACAGCACUAGAUAACAUUUCGAUGUUAUAGAUAAAAAUGUAUUUAUCUUGUAUCUAAAUUUCGAAUAUAUUAUAAUUAUUUUUUAAAAUAACUAUUGGCUCUAAGCUUUAAUAAGAUUUAAUUUAAUUUGUAAUAGUGUUAAUGGCAUUAUUUUGAAUCAGUAGGAACCAUAUUAUGUAUUGUUAUAUAAAUACUCGUCGUAUCAUUUUAACUCUAUAGUCUAUGCUAUAUAUUGAAAAUUUCAUAAAUAGAUAGACUAUAGAGUAUUAGUUUAAAUAAAUUUUGGUUUUGAAAUUUAUUCAUCUCAUUAUCGAAAAUGUCAAUAACAAAAUUUAUUUAAAUUAAAACUCUUUAUAUUGAUAGACUAUUGAUUGACUAUUGAUAGAAUUUUUAAUAUAGGUCCUGCAAUUUGAAAAUGAAAAGUGGAUAAUCAUUUCCCUCCCUCCCCAAAAAAAUUAAGGUGACAAAAAGUAAUAUAAAUUUAACAUUUCAAAGCAGCUUAUUUUUUUAAUUGUCGAAAAAAAAUAAAUUGUUUAUCCAUUCUGUUCAAAAUACCGAGUAUAGCCACUUUAAUAAAUCACUAUAUAUUUCGGUUUCGAACCCAACGGAAAAUGUAUUGAUUUUACUAUAAUGCCUGCGAUGUAUUUUUUUUUUUUUUUUUGUGUUAUCGACUCUUCUCUUAGAAAUCUUGUUAUAAUCCAAAAGAGAAUUAUAAAUAUAUUUUUAUAACAUUUUUAGGUAGCAUUUUGGUCUUCUGAGGAGUUCAUUUUUUGAUAUUCGAAAUAGUUUUAGUUAUAGUUAAGGAAAAAGGAAAAAUUAAUGAAGUAAAAUUUUCAUGAUUUUCAAUUUUGUUUUUCUACCAAAAAUUUUGCUUUGAAAUUCAAAUAUAACAUCUUUUCUAAAAGAAAAUGUUGUCUAGUUCGUAUGUAACAAAGUUGUUUUUUUUAUUUUCUUUGUAGUUUUCUUAAUAACUAGAAAAACGAUGUAAUUUACUGGAAAAUAUUUUAUAGGAACUUCAAAUUUAAUAAGACAAAUUUCUGAAAAAAAUUUAAGAAAAACGGGAAAAUGUAUGAAAUAUAUUAGUAAAUAUUACGGUCUUUUUUUUUUUAUCUGUGAACAACUUUUUUACCAGAAAUUUUGCUCAGAUUAACAAUGAUAUCACUUUUUCUGAAAGAAAAUCUGACAGAGGAGAUAUUAACUGAAGUCCUUUUUGAUUUUCUCAGAAGUCUUCUCAACAAAAAAAACCCGGAAAAGUGGGAAAAUAAGUACAAUAUUAAAGAAAAUAUGUUAUGUAUAUGUAAUUAUUUUACCAUAAUAUGAUAUAUAUAUUGUUGAAAAAGCAACAUUAUUAACCAACUCUGCUCAGAAUUGUUUUUUCGUUAGCAAUGGUUAAUCAUUUCUUACAGAUAUAUAUUUAAUUAUCUACCUAUAACAGAGACUGGACUCAUUUGCAUUAUUCUAGGAAAGCUUUUUAAAUACUAGUGUCCAUAAAAUAAUUUUUGCAUUUAUGUUCUUGGACUUCAUACUAUUUUUGCCCAAGAAAAAAUGUAUGGCGUGUAUUGUAAUAAAUGUUUAAUAUAUAACAAUAAUAACUAAUAACAAUAAUGGUCAUUACUAUAAUGUAACUCAAUUAAAAUUGUUUUCUGAAUAUCUUAUUUAAUUAUUAUUUCACGUCAAGAUUACAAAAUUAAAUUUUACUAUUAAUUAUUGUUAAAUUAUAUGACUAUAUAAACUAUAAUACAGUUUAAAAUAAUUUUUGUCUGAGUAAAUGUAUAAUAUAAUGUCAAACUUGAUAUUUAGGGGUUUCGUAUAGGCAAAUUAUAUGCAGUAUUUGAAAAAUGAGAAUUUGUCAACCUAUAUUCUAUAUUUAACUGAAGUUGGGAAGUCCACAUUCAUUAAAUACGAGUGAUAUCGCGUCCUCUUAAACGUCUCCCACCUAAAUGGAUUUAACAAUCCACAUAAUUAGUUUUAAUUUUAUUAAUUUUUAUUUUAGAGCGAAGCGAGAAAUUGUCUUUAUUCUUUAACCAGCAACACUCAUUAUGCCUAAAACACCGGAACUAAAAACUACUGAAAUGAACAUAAAUAUUUUUGAACACCCAGAAAAUAAUAAAGAAUCAAAAAUGCACAUUGAUGACGAUCAAAGAAGAAAACCUAUGUUUUUAUUUAGUGUGGAUUACAUAUUAAAUAAAGCCGGAGAGAAAAGUACUGAAAACGAGACUGACAAGCAACAAAGCCAACAAUACGAUUGGUUGUAUUGUACAAGAUUCAAGCCACCAAAACUCGAUAGUAAGUAAUGUAAAUUUUUAUAUACUUAUACAAAUUACAAAUGCUUAUACGAGGUACAUAUAGGUAGUGAUGGUUUUUAUAAUUUUUUUUUUAGGGAAGGGAGUCCUUUGAUAUUAACUAACAAUUUAUUUAAUGUACAAAAAAUAUUCAGCCAAUAUUUAUUAGUUUAUUUUAAUUAACUUACAUAUAAUUGUUUUACUUAUCUACAUGGAUGUUUUAAUCAACAACAAAGUUUAAGUUUAUUUUAAAAAUGACUAAAUAUCAAAAAAUAAGAAUAAAGUGUAUUUUAGAUUGGGGUCGUAGCGAAGGAUCUAUUGGUUUUACUAUGUGUAAUUUUUAUUUUUUAUUUUUUCUGUCUAUGAAUAAUUUUUCUGCCAUAAAACUUUUCUGAAAUGUAGUUGGUGCACUGGAAAAGUCAAGGAUUUUUCAAAGAGUUUACGAAAUAAUUGGGAAAAACUGAAAGAAAAUUAUAGGUAAACGGCAAAUAUUUACGGCACGCCGCGGCGUUAUCGUUUUCAUUGUUUUCAUUGUGUUAUACUUAAGUUUUCUAGUAGAAAUAUUACGUCAAUCAAUUUUUUUUGCUCCUAUUAAUAUUUCACUAUAGAAAAGAAAAUUUUUUUUCGAUAUCUAAAACAUUUUACAUAAUAAUUAGGAAAUAGGUACCAUUAAAGACGAAAUAUACGAAUUUUUUCAAAUUACGGCACAACGAUUUAAUUAUUUUAAUUUUAUUAGCUUAUGUUUUUUACUAUAAAUAUUGUUCCAAUAGAUAAACAACAAAAGACCUUUUUUUGUUGCUUCUCUAAUCUAGUCCAUGAGCAAGUUAUUCGUUUUUUUGAUUUUCUUUGUAGCUUUAAAAAUAAUUGAGCAAAACCGAAAAAACGUAGGAAUAACAGUGGUCGCACUCGUCCUCAGUAUUAGCUGAUUUAAAAAAAAAAUAAAACAGUCGAAUGAACGAGUUAAGUCAAGUAUUUGAUCAACUAAAUAAUAAUGACAAAUGUGGACUUGUAACGGUAGUGCAUCUUAAUUAGAGGUAUACCUAUUGAUUAUGGUUUGGUAUCCUUAUUAUGUGAUAAUUCCUAAUUUCUUAGAUAUAGUUUUUUAUUAUUGAUAUUUUAUUAAUUAAUAAUAAUUAUUAUUAUGUAACUGAAAUGAAAAUAAAAUAAUAAUCACAGAUAUAGACUGCUAGAGGGGGAAGGAUAGCAAAACAGGACAAUUUCACACCCUAUCUUUUAAUAUAGUAAUAAAUUAUUCAUACUUAAUUUCUACGUUUCUAUUUUUUAUUUUUUUCGAAUUGUAUAUUACAUUAGGUAUCCUAUCGCCCAAGAAAAAUUUCUGUUGGCUCUAAAAAUGAUAGACUAAAAGAGAAUGACCAUGGAAAUGCUGGGUGGGGCUAAUGUUUCUGAUUACUGCAAAAGUAGCAGUACCUUAUUAUAAAUACAGUACCAGUAUUAUAAUUUAUAAUUAAAAUCAUCAUCAUCAGCUUCUAAAGGCCAAGCCUGGUCAUUUUCGCCACUAAUUUCUACCACAUGCUGUCCUGUUAAGUUGUUGGUAAAAGUUUCAAAUUCCUUUUUUUAGAUUCUGAAUAGAGUAAAGAAACUUAUGGUUUUACAAAAAUGUUUUUUUUUUAGUUGACAAUUUUUCUACUAGAGAACUUACUCUGACUUUUACAUGUAGAACAUUUUCCAAAAAGAAAUCUGUGUGGGGAGGUACUUUAGAGAGGUCAAUUAACGAUUUUCUUCGGAGUUUUCUUAAAUGUGAAAAACUGAAAAAAAACUUUUGAAAAACGGAAAAAUGUAAGAAAUGUAUAGACAUUAGCGAAAAAUAUUAUGACCUUCUUUUUUCCUGUGGACAACUUUUCUACAAGCAAUUUUACUCCAACUUAUAAUGAUAGCAAUAUUUCUAAAAGGAAUUUGACUUACUAGAAUCUAGCAUCUUUAAAAUAUCUACCCGCUAGAUACUUUAAAGAGACCAUUUUUCCAUUUUCUCAAGAAUUUUCCCAGCAAAUGUGAAAAACCAGGAAAAAAAAUGGGAAAAUCGGGAAAAACGUAGGAAAAACGGUCAAAUCGGUACAGAAAACAAAUACUCUUUCAAUUGAACUCUACGUAGAAUCGUUUUUUCGUUAACAAAGGUUAAUCGUUGCUUACUGGUAUAUAUUAAAUUACCUAUAACAGUAGUUGCACCCAUCCUCAUUAUUUUACCUCUUAAACUCAUCCAAUAGACAACUUCUUCAAAGAAAGAUUUGCGUGGUAUUCCUCUAGAACACAUACCAUUUAUUUUCUCUUCUAUAAUUAUGUUAAGGAAUUCAUUGUGUCCUAUGAUGUUCGAUUAGUUUAGUUUUUCUUUUCAUUAAUGUUCAUCAUUGUUCUUAUAAUUGUUCUAUUAUUAAUAUGCAUACAAUUAUUAUAAUAUGAUAUUACUAGCUAUCCCGUCUAACGUCUGGGACAUUGUUUUUGUUUAACCAAAUAGUUUAUUAGGCUUUGGAGGUUAUAGAAACUAAAAUUAACGAAAUAUGCACACAAAAAUGUGUUUUGUUUAAAAUCGAAAACUAUUUGGUAUUUUUACAUUUUAUUGAAUGAUUAAGGAUAACUUUGAUAACGUAUUAAGUUCUAUGAUUUAAUAUUGAUUAGUGUGCAUUUAAAUCACGUCAUAUGAGAAUUACCCAGUAUUUAAUGUUAAUUUGAUUAAUAAAGAACAACAUAUAGGUUACAAUAUACAUAUAUAACGGAAAAACUAUCCUAGGAUAAUGGGAAAGGGGACGGGUGCAGCUACUGUUGUAGGUGGGAAAUCGGGAAAGUAUGAUACAAAAAGGAUACUUAUACCUAUAAGUAACGAUAAACAAUUGCUAACGAAAAAACGAUUCUGAGCGGAAGUCAGUUGAUACUUAGUCAUAGUGAUGCUUUGUCAACAAUAUAUGUAUAUAUCAUAUUAUGGUAAAAUAAUUUAAUAGGCAUUGUAUAUUAUCUUUGAUAAAAUGUGCUUAAUAUUGUACUGAUUUUCUCGUUUUUCCCAGUUUUUCACUUUUGUUGGAAAAACUUUUAUGAAAAUCGAAAAAUGGCCUAUCUUCCCAUUCAGAUUUCAUUUCAGAAAAAGUGCUAUUAUUGUAAAUCAAAGUAAAAUUUAUGAUAGAAAAGUUGUAUACAGAAAAAAAAAAUCAUAAUAUUUCACUAAUAUAUUUCGUACAUUUUCCCGCUUUUCCUCAGUUUUUUUAUUUUUUGCAUUUGUUGAGAAAACUCUUUGGAAAAUCGAAAAAUGAUUUCCCGAAAGUACAUCCCUACACUAAUUUCCUUUGAGAAAAAUCAGAACAAGAUUUCUGGUAGAAAAGUUGUCCACAGAAAAAAAAACAUAUUUGUAAGACCAUAAGCACUUCGCUCCACUCGGAAUUUAAAAUAAAUAAUAAUAAUAUUACUUACAAAAAAACUUAGCACAUGUUAAUAUUACGGUGCUAUCAACACAUUAACACACUCCCUUAACAGAGAUAUAAUUGUAAUAUUUAAAAAAAGAGCUGAUACUAGAAAUGGAUGCACUACUGUUGUAGAUUGGAAGUUGGGAAGUUAGGAUAUAUAAAGCUAUUUAAUUAAGGUAUAUCUAGAUACAACGAUAAACCAUUACUAAUGAAAAAUGAUUCGAAAUGAAGUUCGGUUAUACAUGUUUUAAAAAGCCGUAAUGUUUAUGAUUUUCGUAAAAAUUUGAUUACAAAACUAUUAAAAAAUAUACUACAUGACACUCAAAUUUUUUUUUGACUACUAAUUAUGACCUAUAAUGAAUCUCCUGUUAAAUUUUCAAACAUUUCUGUUUCGUCUAACAGUUAAAAAAUAUAGGCAUCUAGCAAAAUUAAAAUGCCUAUAAAUUACUCAAAAAUAUUUUGAAAAUGUUACCAAGUCUAAAUAAUGAAAAUAUAGGUCUUCUAUUCAAAUGUCAAUUCUCUACGAAUAUUUUUUACUGAAUCAAAACAAACAACUUAACCUUUCAACGCAUCUGAUUGAGAGUUGAAUUGCGAUAUCUAGAUACAGUAUUAUAAUAAUAUAUUACAGGAGAAAUUUGCAUACACUGUAGGUAUAGACAACUGGCAUGCCUAUUCAUUUAGCCACAGUAAACACUUUUUAACGAUCCUAUCAAAAUUAUCAUAAGCUGCUUGGCAAUAGUUAAAUAAACAGACAUAUCAAUAAGAUACAUCAAAGCUGACUUCACGCGGAGUAAAUCGUAGUACACUUAUUAUAAAUGGUGUUAAACAAUUUUUUGAAACCCAAAAGGACUCUUGGCAAACUUACCGCUUUUAAAAAAAAUAAGAAGCUGCCCCAGGACAAUGGGGACGGGUGCAGCCACUGUUAUCGAUAAUUGAAUUGAUAACCAUUCAUAACAAAAGAAACGAUUCUGAGUGGAUUUCAGUUUAUAGUAUUGGAAAUUAUUAUAAGCACAACCUCUCCUCAAAGAAAAAAAUGUUGCGUGCGUUACUAAAAAUACUUAUCCAUAAUUUCUAUGUAUAUAAUUGUAUAGGGGUUAAACGAAAAGAUGGACAGCACAGACAAAAACGUAGGCCUGGACGUAACCCAAGGAUACCGUUUACCAAUCAACAAGUUAUGGUCUUGGAACAAGAGUUUCGACGCAGUGCGUACUUAGGAGGUACUAACGAUGUUCAUGUAUUGUCUGAAAGACUGCGGUUAUCAGAAAGUAGAGUAAGUACUCAUGAAAACGUUUAUACAAAUUAUUCAUUAAUUAUGUCAAAACAUACCAUCACAUGAAGG